AUAAAGAAGAAUGCGCUCACAGACAAAAUGGCUGUAGGACAAAGCUAGAAGCUCGGCUAAUGUAAACAUCCACCAACAGUGGACUGGAGCAGGAGCGAGGAUAACGUUACUCGAUGCCCUUUUGACUUUGCGAAUGAGAGUUCCUCCUAACUUUAGUUGAAUGAUGAUGAGCCAGCGGCGUGGGAUCCAUCUGGACCAAUCAGAGCUGCUCUGCACUAAAGGAUGUGGGUUUUAUGGCAACACCGGUUGGCAAGGCCUAUGCUCCAAGUGCUGGCGAGAGGAAAACCAGAAAGAAAAGCAAAAACAGAUUCAAGAGGAUUGGGCACUUGCUGAGAGGCUGCAGAAAGAGGAAGAGGAGGCCUAUGCAAGCAGACAUAAGAAGACCCAAUUGCAGCCUACCAUUACACCCUUCAGCAAGUUUGAGGAAAGAAAAACAAAGGAAAAGUCCAGCAAAGUCAACACCGUCACAAAGUUUUUUAUUCCUUCCAGCAAAACACCAUUAAAAAAAGAUGCUUCUUUGGAGGCUCAGUCCAGCCCGAGCCCCAGUUCCUCCGCAAGCCGACAUUCCUCUGUGGACAGUGACCACGCAACGCGAGAGUUCAUUGAUUUUCUCAAGCCUCUAAAGUCCGGGAGGGAGAUCUUCAAACAGUGCCGGGCCUUCACUGAGAGCAUGGUCUAUAAGCGGGACAUGGCUGCUGAUGAACUGUCAGAGUGUGUGCAGGACUUCUACCAGAACCUCUCGGAUCGCCUCCACACCCAGUUCAAAGGUUCCUCAGAACACGUCGAGAGCGUUAUGGAUCAAGUAGAAAAGUACAUGAUGACUCGUCUCUACAAGGAGGUUUUCUGCCCUGAGACCACAGACGAUGAGAAGAAAGACCUGGCCAUUCAGAAGAGAAUUAGAGCCUUGCACUGGGUCACCAUCGAGAUGUUGUGUGUUCCCGUGGAUGAGGAGAUCGCUGAGGUGUCAGACAGUGUAGUCAAAGCCAUCACAGAUGUGAUUGAAAUGGAUUCAAAGUGCGUGCCCAAAGAGAAGCUGGCGUGCAUCACUCGUUGCAGCAAGCACAUCUUCAACGCCAUCAAAGUGACCAAAAAGGAGGCGGCGUCCGCAGACGACUUCCUGCCGACGCUCAUCUACAUUGUGCUCAAAGCGAACCCCCCGCGACUUCAGUCCAACAUCCAGUACAUCACCCGCUACAGCAACCCCAGCAGACUCAUGACCGGAGAGGACGGGUACUACUUCACUAAUGUGUGCUGUGCUGUGGCCUUCAUCGAGAAGCUGGACGGUCAGUCUCUGAACCUGAGCUCUGAGGAGUUUGAGCUCCACAUGACGGGCCAGGCGUCCCCCCAACGGCCGCAGGCCACCGGCGCUUCCUCCGCCCCCCCGGGCAGCGGCGCUCUCGCUCAGGGCCACCAACGCGUGGACCUGCUGGAGGGGCUCGGGGAAAGGCAGGAGCAGGUGAUGGAGAAGGCCCGCCAGCUGGAGAGCGACCUCAUCGACUGGACGGACGAGGUGGAGCAGAAGGUGCAGAGCGUUCUCGAGAGCUUUCCGCCGGAGGCGCCAAACCCCGCCGCAACCGCAGCGGCAUCGGCCAUCGACUCUGAUAACGUUGAGAAUGAGCAGCUCCCCCCUCCUCUGCAACCGCAAGUGUUCGCUGGCUGACUCCCCUCGGAAAAUGCAAUUUAGGCGUUACUUGCGCUACUUUCCCUUUUCCCUGAUGUUAAACUUUGCUCUCCGAAUGCCCACGCAGGAGCCGUCCGAUAGGGAUCACAUUUCCACUCGCUGUCAUUUCUGUUCCAUCCAUCCGUAGUCCAAGAGGCCCCCGGCGUUACACUGAACAGAAACCAAACUACUGAAUUAAAGGAACAUUUUGGCCUUUUAGAACACUUCUUCCUGCAGAGUGAGGUGCGACGAUCAAUAACCACUCGUGUCUGCACGGUGAAUAUGAAGCUCAAUGCAAAAGGAGCAGGCUAACCACUCCAAGUUCUUCCCAAACACUUCUUUGGUCUCCCACAAUGGCAUCAUCAGUACCUUUCCAGUACUUCUUUACCCUUGUUGUAGUAGUACCGCUUACGCAAACGUGGUAAAUGGUUGGAUGUGCUAUAGAAACCUACUUCUGUAUUAUUCAGAUAAAAAAGGAAAAAGCUGCUUUUAUAUGGCAAAUUCAAAGUGGGUGCUCAAAAAAACACCUAAAAUGUUACUGCCCAAGAAACAUCGAAUGACUUUACAGGAAAGGUCCAGUGAAAUAUGUUUUUCUUAAAGGAAAUGGCGAAAUCAGAGUAGUACGAAACCUCUGCUCGCUAAAAUAACCCUCAAGCUCAUGCUGGUUAUUUGUGCUGUGUUCACUGUGCAUUUCCCCGUCCAGCAGAGAACUAUCCGGGAGUGAAGAGAUAUGCGUGUACAGUGGUUGUGCAUGUGGGAAGUUGUGUGUGCGCGUGUGUGUGUGAGAAUGUGGGCGAGUGUUGCAUGGACUUAAUGUCGGUAACUCGUUCGGCCGACCCAGUGAUGUCACUGGAUCCUGUGUUCUUGUUUCCGCUCACUCCAGUCAUAGUCUGGAUGUACAGAAGUGAUUUUAUUUUUCUAUAGAGUUAUUGAUUGUUUUGGAUGCAAUAGGAGACAUUAAUCCUGUAAUAUUUACAGUUCUAGUCUAAUGAAGAAAAAAUAUUGCUUGAAGACAUGUUACGUGAAUUCUGUAGACCAAAUAGUAAGAUGUCAUCUCUUAUUCUAAGGGUAUCGUAAGCAUGUGCCAUCACAAGAAAGAUGUUUUUAGGUGAUUUAUUUGGGUUUUUUGCUCUGUCAAAGCAAAAAGGAGGUAAGAGGUCAGAGAGGAUGCUGCUUCCCAUAAACACAAGUUAUAAAUAAAUCACCUCUAAGGCCGGUUGCUUUACUAACAUAACCUCACCAAUUUUAUAUAUUUUAAAGCACUUUUUAAAGUUUGAUUUAAAGCUCUUAUUUCAGAACUACACAUGACAAACUAAUGGCUUUAUUCAGUUAAAAGGAUAAUGGGUGAAAGGCUCUGUAAUAGGCAGUAACGAAGAAAUGUUUGGGAGGUUUUUUUUGUUUUGAAGACUUGCUCGAUGUUGCUAGAUUAAUAUUAAUAUUUUCUUUGAUUGUUAUUUGCAGCACAUAAAGUUAGUGUGCAGUUUCUGUCCAUUUAAGAAUAACUUAUUGCCCUGUACGCAGAAGCCAUUUAUGAGGUGAAGAUUUUAAAACAUGAUCAGUUUGCUAUUAUAUCACAUAGGAGAAAGUACCUCAAUACUGUCUUUUAUUUAUGUCUUAAGUUAUUGGGGCAGUAUUUGUCUAUAUGCCUCCAUGGGUUUGUCAUGAUGAUGUUGAUGAUGAAUAAAAAUGUAAAAUACA